UUUCUUUUCCUUCCCUCAUUCCUAUUAAAUCCGUAUAACCCAAAAACCCUCUCUCUCUCUCUCUCUCUCUCUGCACAUUACAUCAAGAUUUAAGAGAUGGGUGCAGGGCGCGAAGUUACAAUAUCCCUUGAUGGAGUCAGAGACAAGAACAUCAUGCAGCUCAAGAAGCUUAACACCGCUCUCUUCCCUGUUCGCUACAACGACAAGUAUUAUGCUGAUGCUCUUGCUUCUGGGGAGUUUACCAAACUAGCAUAUUAUAGUGACAUCUGUGUCGGUUCAAUUGCAUGCCGGCUGGAGAAGAAGGAGGGUGGGACCAUCUGUGUUUACAUCAUGACGUUGGGUGUUUUAGCACCAUAUCGGGGGCUUGGCAUUGGUACAAGGCUGUUGAAUCAUGUUCUCGAUUUCGGUUCCCAGCAAAAUAUAUCGGAGGUUUACUUGCAUGUGCAGACAAACAAUGAAGAUGCUAUCAACUUCUAUAGGAAAUUUGGGUUUGAAAUCAGAGACACCAUCCAGAACUAUUAUACAAACAUUACCCCACCAGACUGUUAUGUUCUUAGGAAGUUCAUUACUCAACCUCAAGCAAAAAAAUAACUGUCAAAAGCAGUACCAAUCUGAAAUCCGGGUUUAUUGUUGUCGUAUUUAAACUUUACCGUGCAUCUGAUUAUACUCAGAUUUUAAGUAUCACAUUGUUGAGGUUAUACAAAUGCUAGAAACCGUUGAUGCACUAAAUUUUUGUUAUUGACCAGAUCAGUUAUAAACCAUUUGAAAAUUUUGCCAGA